UCAAGGGGCGGGCGGAGGAGGGGGAGGAGGAGGAGAGAGAGAGAGGUUGUUGUGUGGUUAAUCCUGAAGGGGUGGAAGAACGUCGUUGUUAAUAUUUUGUGGCGUGUGGCCGUUUCCUUUCGGGGUUUUAAGUCUCCCUAGUGACGCGAUUUCGUACAGAUAAUUAUGGCACAGAGAGGAGGAGCACAGAGACCUGGUAAUGGAGGUGGUCAAGGAAAGAUCUGUCAGUUCAAACUUGUGUUGCUUGGAGAAUCUGCUGUUGGGAAGUCCUCACUUGUUUUAAGAUUCGUAAAAGGCCAGUUUCACGAAUAUCAAGAAUCCACUAUUGGUGCGGCUUUCUUGACCCAAACGGUAUGUUUGGACGAUACCACAGUAAAAUUUGAAAUUUGGGACACAGCUGGCCAAGAACGAUAUCAUAGUCUAGCUCCAAUGUACUAUCGGGGUGCACAGGCAGCCAUUGUCGUUUAUGAUAUUACUAAUCAAGACACGUUUGGUCGGGCCAAGACUUGGGUCAAAGAACUCCAGCGACAAGCUUCUCCUAAUAUUGUGAUUGCCCUAGCUGGCAAUAAAGCAGAUUUAGCUACGAAAAGGAUGGUAGAAUAUGAGGAAGCCCAGACUUAUGCAGAAGAAAAUUCGUUGUUAUUUAUGGAAACCUCUGCCAAGACAGCCAUGAAUGUAAAUGACAUAUUCUUGGCAAUAGCGAAGAAACUGCCAAAGAGUGAUAGUACUGCUAGUGCGUCUCCUAGUGGCACUGUCACGGUGGGAGCCACACCAACACAGGGUGCUGCUGGCUGUUGCAAGUGAUCACCUAAUGUACAGGUGAAACAUUGUGAUGCUAGUGUAAGUUACGAUACCCAGCUACUGGUAGCUCACUUUUCUCCAUUGGAUUUGAAGAUUCUGACAUUCCUGGGUUAAAAUUACUUUUGAGGGUCUCAAUUUUUCAUUAUUCAGAAUUUUAGUCUGUUUAAGGUACUUCUCAGUUGUCAAGUUGUACUACAGUUUGAAGGUAGUCUAAAUUGACAGCAUGAUUAUAUUAUUAAAGCAAAAGAAAAAAAAAAAGUUAAUCCCCGAUUAGAGGCCGAUUUUCUUGCAUUUGUGCAUUUUGAAUCACACAGGGCCCAUCUCAGGCUACUUUACAAGACAAUUUUACUGUUUGGGACCUCAUUCAUUCACAAGUUUAAGAAAUUGAAAGUCUUGUUAAUUUUCAAACUUGAUUUCACAUGUUAAUUGGUAUAUCAGUUGCACAUCGUAAUGCCAUUCCCAUUUAUUUAUUUCCUGUAGGUAUCUCCUCCUCCCCAUCUUAUAUUGCAAAGAUAAAUGUUAGAAAUUUUAUUAAAAAAAAACUCCUGAACACUCUAGGUUCACAAAGUGGUUAGAAAGGUUUCUUGCCUUCUCACUAAGUCAUAUUUUGUGAGGGAUCUUGCGCUCCAACAGUUAAUCUGCUCACCAAAGUGAAGGAGAGAGAAUAUGUUUAUAAAGCUUAUCAUUAAUAUAUGAAAUUGAUAUAGUUAGGUGUUGUACAGUAUAUUGAUGCAUGUUCUUGUGUAUCAUGGUUUACAACCUGUUUUUACCAACAUCUGACAAGGACGAUAUCAGAUUAUGCGAGAGUAAUCACCAGAGUUAAGAGUUGAUUUUUGAGCUAACAUGGUCAUACAUGGAACGGUGAGCAUUCAUAAUUCACUUGAACCAUUUUUGUUACAAACAGUCUGCAUCACAUCUGAGAAAAAGUCCAGUCCCAUCUUAUGCUUGACCAUGAUUGGCCAUGUGAUAAUAAUGUAUAUUAUCUAUUUAAGUUUCUUUUUAUAAAGUAGGGAAGAAUUUCUAUGUCAUUUGUAAAUUUUUUUUUGUUUACCGUCAUAUUAACGGAAAAGAUUAGACUUGGGUAGCUAAACUACAAAGGCUGGCAAGCAACAGUAGUUUUUAGAGAUCUCUAAUGGCUUUUGCAGAAAUAAAAAAAUUUCAGGGAUAAUUGUAACAGUAAAAUAGUUAAUGACAGACAACGCGUGUACAGUAACAGGAAAAACUAUUAGUAUGAUUGGCGAUGACCGAUAGUAUGUUGCUGCAUAUUGAGAUUAGAGUUUCGGGCUCCCAUGUCUAAUCUGACCGUCAAUUGUACUCCUUUUGCAUCCUGGUACAUGAUGCUUUUGGCCAAUUGAAUAUAUGCUGUAAUGAAUGCCCAGCUGUGGGUGUGCCAUUGAUAUAAUAAAUAUGACAUUGAAAGUGUUUAUCAAGAUUUUUAAUUGUAUUAGAAGUAUAUUUAUGAUUUUCAAAUGAUACCAUUAAAGAAUAGUUUUAAUGGCUUUUAAAAGCAUGCUUUUUUGGCUUUUGAUGGUCAGAUUGCAAACUCUUCAAAUCUUGGUGAUCAGAUUGCAAGCUCUCAUCAUCACCAUGGCACGACCAUUGCGAGGCAUUUCAAAUGUCAAUAUAUGACCACUCCAGCAAUGAUAGGCCUUAAAGUAUAUGAGGUUUAUUUUCCAUAUUUUAAAAUGAAAGUUAACCUGAUAUAUAAGAAGUUUAAGGAUCGACUAUGGUUGGCACGUCAUAUUAGCUCUGCUCAGUUGUGCUUGGAAUUGCUCAGUUCUUAUAUUUGAUUGAUGUGUGGCAUCCAUUUUGAAGAUUUAAUAUCUGCAGUUGCCAAGCCAAGCACAACUGAUCCUGUUUCAUGUGUACACUAAAACCCUAAAGUCAGACAGCAAUCUUGUACAGUUAAAAAAGUACCUAUUAUAAAUAAUAAAAUAUUAAAUUAC